UGACAAAACAAAAUAAUUACCUUUGAUCUUCAGAGGUGACCUGCAGUGACUCGCUGAGGCUGAGCUGAACAAGCGGAGCAGCAACGUGGCAAGUGGCAGGGGAGUGGGACCAGUGUGAUGUUACCUUGGAAAGGAAACUUUGCAGUUUGUGUUUUCUCAUUCAUACGGCAAGUUGCCCAGGCUCCUUUGGCAGCGGUCGGUGUGUACUGACGGGAGUGUGUCUGAAAGGAAAUUGUUCUUUCACAAACACUGAAAUGUGAAGCUGUUCUGGCGAUGGGACCAGAAUAAAGUAGCUGCGAUCAGCAAUGGAGACAAUGCUGGUCUUUAGUUCUUUCCUAUUCCAGUUUCAUUUCAAAGUGGCCUGCCCCUGGUUAUCAGCAUUGGUAGCAUCACAUUCCCAGGCAACAUCCAGGACAUCUAUCUUCAACCUGUACAAUAAAGAAGGGUCUCGACCCGAAAUGUCACCUAUUCCUUCUCUCCAGAGAUGCUACCUGUCCCGCUGAAUUACUCCUGCUUUUUGUGUCUCUCUUCGAUUUACUCCAGCAUCUGCAGUUCCUACCUACACAAAGAAACACACAGCCUGCUAGUACAAAUCUUCAACUACUGCUUGCGCCAAACCGCACGGACCUAUCGAGGGUUUGAACCUUCCUUUAGCCUCCCAAUAACUUGCUCAUUUCUAAUCCCUGCUGGUUCUAAGGAGUGGCAUCACGAGCUUGACUUGUGGCUGUUGUUGAAACAGAAUGAUAAUGCUGGACUGGCAAGGUAUAACAUAACCGGCCUCUCAGCCCACUGUACCUUGCUAAGCGAGACUUCCUGUCUAUCAUUGUCCUGCACCCAACUGGCGGAUAUCAAUGCAGGGAACAUGGUGCGCAAAAUGAACGCAGCAAAUAGAAAUCAGGAGCAGCAAUAAAGCACCUACAUUAUCUGCCUGGCAGCAUCAAUGAAAUGCACUGUCUGUACAGAGGUCAUUGACAACUGGUCUUAUAACCAAAUGCAGCGCAAAUAACGUAAUCUGCCACUCACCUCCCUUUCCCUGCACCUCUUUUGCAUGAACGAGGAGGACUGACCUGAGAGGUGUGCUUGCUUCCUCUGCCUCUAUCAGAACUCCGCAUGGAGGGGGCUACGUUGAAGCUAAUGCUGCACACAUAACCUGUCGCUCUUCCACACCUGCCGAAAGCCCAGAGCUUUGGGGCAGAGGACUUGAGAAUUGCUACAGAAAGCUCAUCUGCAGGACAGUGUGGGGCUAUCAGAUGCUGCCCCCUGGGGCUGUCAGAUCUUCCUUCCCAAUAUUGCCCCUCCACAUUGCAUAGAUAAACGCUUCAGCAAAUGCUCCCCGCUAUCCGCGCAGUGCGACCUUGUGACUGCAGGUCAAGACUCCUAAAGCAAAACGGUGAGAGAAUUUCACAAAGACGUCUCAAUUGGAAUGUAGGAUCCAUAGCGUUAUUCCACGGUGACUGUGAUUUACGUUACCCUGGUUGCGAGUUGCAACUCCUGACCAAACCGAAUAAGGUUUUUGUUAAGACACACGAUGGGUCAUCUCAAGCUCCUGGCCUGACCCACAACUCUGCAAAGGCGCAAAUACCAACAUCCACUCUCGUGCACCUCAGGAACAUUGUCAUCUGGCUUCCAGCUGCAAGGAUCCAUAAAGAGGAAGUUGGAAAGCAAUGGUUCCCCUGCCAACCACGACAAGAUCAGUGAUCUCUCUGACACUGCCUUCUCGGGGGAGGUGAAGCGGAUUUGCUUGGACGAUGUUAGUCUCUCGAUGGGUCAGAGCGAGGCGUCUAAUGUCCUCCGCGCCGACGUGCACAGUUCCUCGCUGCCGAUCGCCCACCGGAGCCAGGCCCUGCAGAACCCUGGCGCCAUGGGUUGUGUGACUCCGGCGGCCAACGCCGGCCUCCUGGGCGGUAACCAAGCCAACGGCAGCAACAUCGGCUCGCAGUUUGCCGUGACGUCCAACGCCGACAUGAAGCCCAACGUCGGCGACGGGCACAACAUGUUCUUUGACUCCAAGGCGGCCAGCAAUAUAACCAUGGAUCCCGACUUGGUGGACCUCCUGGAGGAGUUGACCAACAUACCCAACUCCCCGUUAAACGAGCUGGACAUCUUGAACCCCAGGAGCGACCCCCUGAACCUGGGCCUGGUGGGGUCAAACCAGAGCACGGCUCGGAAGUCAUCGCCGCACACGGCCUCGCACUUGGACAACUCCAUACCCAGCCGGGAGUUUUCUCCCAACUACAACCAGGCUCCCGCGGGCUCCCCGCAGAGGAGGCCGCCCUCUGCUGGCGCGGCCUACCCCCUGUCGGCUCCGCCCAACGCCAUGCCGUUGCCGAUGUCCUCGGCCUCUCAGAGCCAGGGUCCGGGCCAGAGCCAGACACCGCUGCUGACGGGAACCAACGGCAACAGGGUCGGCGCCAACUGGCACGAGCUCUCGCACGCCCAGCAGCUGAAGAAGAUCGCGGCGAGCCAACACCAGCGCUCCGUCUCGCAGCAGUCUCACCCGCAGCAGGGGCAGGGUGCAAACUGGCCUUCCGUACCCCCCUCCGGGCCCUCUCCUCCAUACCAGGCCGACAAACUGCCCAGCCCUUCGCUCCACCAGCAACCCUUCAGCCCACCCAGCGGCAUCCUGCCCAGUCUCCCUCCCUCCAGUAACCCAGCCAGCACCAUGCAGAGCUACCUGUACAAUAAGGUGCCCUCCAACCAGCCUGCCCGCAUUGCCAUGUUGCAGCAGCAGCAGCAGCAACAGCAGCAGCAGCAGCAGCAGAGCGGCCUGAGCCAGGGGCAAGGGGCCGUGACCGAGAGCACCCUGUCCUCCGAGCAGCUCUCCUUCAGCAACACCAAGCCGCUCUCCCACUUCGACCCCGACCUGGCCCCGCACAAGAUGGCUUCCGUCGCCAGCGCUCAGAGCCAACCCGGCGUGGUGCAUUACAUGCACCAAGCUCCUGCAGCCGUGCAGCAGCCACCGCAGCCCGGCUCCACCCAGCAGCUGCAGUUCCGCAACAAGUUCCGCAUGCAACAGCUGAGGCUGCAGGGCAGCGUGCCACAUUCACCGGAUCCUAACUCCAGUAAUAAUUACAUCAAAGCCACAUCGCACGCCUUCCUGAAGCAGCAACUCCUGAAGAAGCAACAUAAUCUCCUCCAGCAACAACUCAUGGCUGACCAGGAAAAACAAAGACAACAUGAACAAAUCAAUGGCCACAUGAUCCGGGUGUCCCCCGAGUACAAGGAGCAGAGGAGUGUGUUUGGAGUUCAGCAAUUAAAUCAUUUCCAAGCUGUGGUACAACCUUUGUCGACAAACUCUGUGCAGUCUUUGCCAACGCCACCUGCCCACUGCGGGAUGCGGCUGAACCCCGGCCUUUUACAAGUGAUACCCCAGAACAACCUUGGACCUGGGGUUGCGGCAGUGAGCACCAGCCAGGCCGAGCGGACUAUGGGGAUGUAUCCGAAUAACGGCGGCAGUCAACAGAAUGUCUACAUCCCACCACCCGGCAUCAACAUGCCUCUGCGGCCAAGCCAGAGCGCUCUGGGAAUGCGCUCGUCCAGCCAGGCCGUGCCAAGCCAGGCUAUAAUCCGGCAAAGGACAGCAAUGCCAGGGUUCGCAGGCUCGGUACCAAACCCAGCCGUACCUCCCCAGCACGUCAGGCAAUCCAUCAACCAGGCAGGGGCCAGCAUGCCCGUGCAGGGAAUAUCAACCCCCUUGGGCACGUCCAGCAUGGCCCCUCAAAUGUGGGCACAGCAACGGAUUCAAGGAAUGCAGAAUCAGGCCAAAAUGGACGGUGGCAUGCAGCAGUUCUCGAAUAGCGCCUUGUUCCCCAAGCAAGCCAUGCGGCCCAACCUGCCCGUGCAUCCCUUUCCCCACCAGAGCAUGGCACCGCCAAACCAGAUAGCGCCGGGGGGGCAGAUGAAGCCGCUGCAGCAGCUGAACCCGGGGCAGGCUGGACAAAGCAUGGUCUCCAUGAGCGGCUCGUCUCCCAGACACAGUCAACAGAGGUUACCGUCAGCGGCCAUGACCAGCAUGAAAGCCGUGCCACAGGGGAUCACCAGCCUGAGCCAGCCUCACCCGCUGCCCGGACUCACUGCCGCCAGCUACGUGUCCAGUGCCCAGUCAUCAGCCUCCUACAGCCGCAUGAACCCCGCCACCGAGGUGUCCACCUUUGACUUUCUCCAACACAAUAACGGCAACGCCUUGGCGGCAGCGCGUAACGAGUCCGACUUCAUAGAGUCCAUCAUGAAGGGCGGCAGCAGUAACGACGACUGGAUUAAUGACUUAACGCUUGAUGACUUUCUGGGGCAGCAUUCCUAAAGCCUGCCUGGUCGGUGUGAUUUAUCUGACCUCCAGGCCCUUGUACAUAGUGAGUGCCCAUCUACACAUCGUGGCAGUGGACUGAAGAUUAAUGAGCAUGUGUGUAGGUGUGGUGACUGCAACCUUCCAGUUACUAGCAGGUACAGAUCGCUGGGUGUACCCAGUGUACUGACUGCAACACUGAGUUUUAAAGUGGCAAUACAUAAUUUAAUGUAUUUCUUCAAAAUAUUCUGUAAAUUAUGUUUUCCUAAUAAAUAUUGUAUGUCAGGAAGGAGUAAUUAUACUUGGUUGGAUCAUUUGUCAAUAAAAUACAGUAUAGGCGAAAUCAUUGUUUUUUAUAUUAGCAAAUUUGUUUAUUUUUAUUUGGUAUAAAAAAAUGCAGACUACAUUGUUCAAUUAGUAAUACUAUGUAUUACAAUGUUAAAAUACAGGUUGUGUUAUCGACAUGACUUAGACAGUGCAGUCUUGUGUUGAACAGGUGACUUAUCCCUGAGUUCAAGAAUCUUCAUUAACCAUCAGUUCCAUUUUGAUUUCAGCAAGUUACCGCGGCAAGCAAACUGAUGGAAUGGCUGUCAAUAUGAAAUUGCUUUCUUUGUAACCUGUCAGCUCGUGUUGACGGUCUGUACAUUUUGUAUGUGCAUUCUACCAAGAUGUUAUGAACUUCAUAAUGUUUUUUUUUUUUUGGCUGAAAUAUUUCGUGAUCUCAUGUUUUAUUCGUUAUAUGUAUUUUCUUUCCUGCCUUGAAUGUGUUUCUUUUAUUUUUAAUUUAAUACCAUCUUGGAGCACAAAUAGUAUGACAAGUUUUUGCUUCAUUAUCAUAAUAAACUUGCCUUGUGCCAAGA